UCAAACUGCAGCCUCUCGUUCACUCUCCAAUGGAUAUAUAUAUACAGAGAGAGAGAGAGAGAGAUAGACAGAGAGAAACCACACUCUAGAGAGAGACAGAGAGACAGACAAAGUGAGAAGAAGCGAUGGCGAUAAAAGCAGCAACUGUAUAUGGCGGUGGCGGUGGCGGCGGAGCUACAAUACUCUGCUCGCAUCGAUUAGGUCUCUUCAAUGGUCCCCAUUUUCUCUCUCUAAAUCGACCUUCCUCCACAUCUCAUCCCAAUUCUCGCAUUAGACAGAGCUUCUUCACCUGUGAAGACCACUCUCUUAUCAAACCCUACCACCACCGUCUAAGGCACGUUUUCAUCACCAGAGCUGCCGAUUCAACUCAGCCUUCCUCCGCCGACCUUUCAAUUGUCCCCGACGAGGAGUUCUCCUUGGCCAAGGUUUCUUUUGGUGUUAUUGGACUAAGUCUUGGAGUAUCACUCCUCUCGUAUGGUUUUGGGGCAUACUUCAACAUCCUCCCUGGAUCUGAAUGGUCUGCAAUAAUGCUAACAUAUGGCUUUCCUCUUGCCAUAAUUGGAAUGGCUCUCAAGUAUGCAGAGCUAAAACCAGUGCCGUGUUUGACUUAUUCAAAUGCCCAGAUGUUGCGGGAGAAAUGUGCCACUCCAAUUCUUAAGCAGGUCAGGAAUGAUGUUACACGAUAUCGUUAUGGGGAUGAGCAACAUUUGGAUGAGGCAUUGAAACGAAUUUUUCAAUAUGGUCAGGGUGGAGGGAUUCCCCGAAGGAGUGCACCUGUUCUGCAAAUGAUUCGCGAAGAAGUCACUGAAGAUGGUAAAUACUGUUUAGUUUUGGUGUUUGAGGCAAAAGCUUUGCAGUUGUCAGAUUUUGAACGAAGACAGGCAAAAUUUACUUCAUUCUUUGGACCGGGGAUCACAGCUGAAGUUGGUAAGUUCUAUAUGCUCUUGUUACAUGAUUUACAGAAAUGUUUUGCAGGCCGGCAAAGAUAGGCAAUUUUCAACUAACAUUCAUAAAUUUG